AUGACUUCUCAAGGAGUUCCAUCACGCAAACGGCCAGCGCCAGGCACGUCGCCCGUGAUACAUGGCCCAAUUGGAUCGAUUCCAAGUUACACGGACCCUGCAAAUCAGCUUUCUGACGAUCAAUUUCUUCAAUGGGGCCAAGACCCUCAUGCUCCUGCCACGACGCAGGCCUUUCCCAUCGAUUCGACCGCAUAUAACACCAUGCCGUAUGCUACAAACCAAGAAGUUGCAGUGGCCUCUAACCAACCGCCUAAUCAGCUCACCCGAAGGCCAAUGAAUCAGCUUAUAAAUAGAAACCGUUCAUUUGAGCAGUCGUCUGUUUCAUCGGUUCCAGAAACCAGCAGCGGUGAUGGCUGGGGAGAGAGUCUGGCAGAACUCGAAGAAAGGGCGCUAAUUGCGAAGAGAGAAGCGCAGGCGAAGAGGAAACAAAUCCCCCCUUUCGUUCAGAAGCUGAGAAGUUUCCUCGAUGAACCACAAUAUGCCGACUUUAUACGAUGGUCCGACGAUGGCAAUUCAUUCAUCGUGCUGGAUGAAGAUGAAUUCGCCCGCAGGCUGAUUCCCGAGCUGUUUAAACAUAAUAAAUACGCUUCUUUCGUGCGCCAACUCAAUAUGUAUGGCUUCCAUAAAAAGGUCGGCCUGUCUGACAACUCGAUGCGCGCGAGUGAAAGGAAGAACAAGAGCCCGAGUGAAUACGCCAACCCGUACUUUAAGCGCGGCCACCCCGAUCUUCUAUGGCUGAUUCAGAAACCCAAAAAUGUUUCUGGUCAGGGUGGCAAGGGGGCUGGCAAAGGAGCCAAGACCAAGACGGAGGAUGGCGAAGACCAUGACGCUGAUGACUUCGCCGAAGAUGGUGGCCGCGAUGAGCGCCCGCGGAAUGGUGGCCAACUUGCCAUAACCAGCGGGGAGGAAAUCCUACCAAAGGAUCAAUUGGCCGGCGUCUACCGUGAACUUCAAAAUAUCCGCCAGCAACAGCAAAUCAUCUCAAGUACGAUAUUGAAACUUCGCAGGGAACAUGAGCAGCUGUAUGCUCAAGCCGCCAACUUCCAAGAACAGCACAGCCGCCAUGAAAAUUCCAUCAACGCGAUUCUCACCUUUCUUGCUACAGUUUAUAACCGCAGCCUUCAGGGACAUGAUGGCCCCCAGAAUCUUGCCAAUUCUUUCUCCGGGAUCAUAUCCCAAGAUCAAGGCAAUGUUGUUGAUGUCGGCGAUGAUUAUGCUCUGAGUACUUUAAGCAACGAUCUGGCGUCAGCAAAUCCGCGAUUUAAGAAACAGCCGUUGCUGUUGAAGGCCCCUCCACAGGCUGACGCUAGCACUAAUGAUCGUGCAACCACCUUGUCUCCAGCGACUAGUGCCUACGAUGGUACCUCGAGUCGGAAGCUUUCCCGUCAACAAGUUGCGCCGAUACGGAAUAUUGAAGAGAUCCACGAUAGCAAUAGUCCCCAACCAGCAGGACCCAUGCGACCCCCGCAGGACCAGCGCAAGCCACAGCGUGAUAUCAUGUCCAUGAUCCAGAAUUCCAACGCUGCUAACGGCAUUCAAACCACAUUUAGCGACUUUCCCAACAUUGUUUCUUCUCUAGAAACGUCCGGUGGUAAUUCGGCUCUUACACCGAAGCAGCGGGCAGAUAUGUUACGACAGAUGGCGCGUGAUACAAACGUUAGCGAUCCGUCUGUUGCUUCAUCAAACAAUGCCCUGAUAACACCGACUCCACCUCCCAUGCCAGACAACUACUCUGCUCAACUUGCUAGUACUCGUAAUGAGAUUGACAACUUGAUGAAGAUGCAAGCCGAACAGGACCGUUCCGUCCAGAACCUAACAAACCUACUACAGCCAUUGAGCCCGACUGGACAUAUCCCCGGCAUUGCAGAUGGCAACGUACCUCCGCCUACACUUGAUCUUGACCAAAUAUUCAACAGCCACGACUACUUCACGGAUAUGGGAGACCUAGAUACUAAAGGCAAUUUUGACAUUGGGAAUUCAUCAACUUCAGAACCCACCCAGAACUACAAAACGACUUCUGACGAUCGACGUGCCAACGACGAGCUCUUUGACUUCGACAACCUCGGCGUUGGUGUAGGAGACACCGAUCUAUUCGGGGACAACGCACGAACAAGCGCGCCGACAAGCUACUUUGAUAAUUACGAAGACUACACCAAAUCCGACGACCCCAGCGGUCGUAGUGUUGCUGUUGACAACAAAAACAAUAAUAAUAACCAGAGGAACGCAACGACCACACACGAACCAGGACGCAUCAUCGAGACGCUUACCGAUAGCGAAGAAACGAGUCCCUCAAACACAGUCGACGAGAAUUACCCAGGCAUCAACGUAUCCGAUCAAUCGAUCAUACACAGCCCAAAGCGAAGAAAGAAGAUCUGA